AUGCCAUUAUCAACUACCGAUGUUGUUAUAAUAGGUGCAGGGCCUGUAGGUCUUGUACUCGCAAACUACCUUGGAAUAUGUGGAGUACACAUUCUGGUGAUCGAGAAGCUUGAUAAGAUCAUCGACUACCCAAGGGCUAUCGGCAUAGAUGACGAAUCGCUUCGUUUGAUCCAAUCUAUUUCACUCAUUGAAAACGUGCUUCCACAUACGACACCAAACCAUUCACUGAGAUUCCUGACCGCUCGAGGACGCUGCUUUGCCGAUUUCCAGCCAACUACCUUGGACUUUGGGUGGCCUCGUCGCAAUGCAUUUGUACAGCCUGAAGUUGAUCAAGUCCUUUUCAAAGGUUUAAAUAAGCUUCCCAAUGUGGAGGUACUCUUUUCUCAUACACUGGUGUCUGUGGAUCAGGAUGAGAAGGGUGUCACAGUGGUCACGGACAAGGAAAGCUUUCGCGCAAAAUACCUCAUCGGAUCCGACGGGGGUAGCAGCUUUGUGCGGAAGCAUUUGAAUAUCUCUUUCGAGGGUACGACAUCCCCAGAUAAAUGGAUAGUCGUCGAUAUUCGCAACGAUCCACUAGGCCUGCCCAAUGUCUAUGUUUGCUGCGACCCUAUGCGUCCUUAUGUUUCUGCUGCAUUACCUCACUCGAUUCGUAGAUUCGAAUUUAUGGUAAUGAGUGACGAGACAGAAGAGCAACUGAGUGAACCGCAGAAUAUGAGAAAACUUUUAGCAAAAGUUCUACCUAACCCUGACAAUAUCGAGGUCAUUCGCCGUCGGGUUUAUACUCAUAAUGCGAGAUUAGCAAGUCAAUAUCGCCAUGGUCGUGUCUUACUUGCUGGGGAUGCCGCUCACGUCAUGCCAGUCUGGCAGGGCCAAGGAUACAACAGCGGUCUUAGAGACGCUUUCAACCUUGGCUGGAAGCUUACUCGAGUCAUUAAAGGGACUUUGGAUCCAGCGGUCUUGGACACCUAUGAAAAGGAACGUCGGAGCCAUACAAAAGCAAUGAUCGAUCUUUCUGUACUCACGGGCCAAAUAUUCGUCCCGCCAUACCGUUGGCUGAGUUGGCUCAGAGAUGCGCUUACUUGGUGCUUAUCUUAUCUACCUCAAGCAAAGCAAUACUUUUUGGAAAUGAGGUUUAAGCCAAUGCCACGAUAUGCGGAAGGGGCAGCGAUUGUCCCUGAGAAGGACCCUCGUUCUCCGGUUGGCACAAUGUUUAUUCAACCAUUUAUAUUCAGAGAUGACGACUUCGAGAAGGAACACCGGCUAGAUGACAUUAUUGGACACAACAACUUCGCAUUGCUUUCCUGGGGAAGUGACCCAAUCUGGGGUCUGACUGCCGCGCAGAUAGCUGCUUGGAGGCGGCUAGGAACUACACUUAUUCAGGUACUACCGUCAUGCCAAAUGAUGAACCCCCAAGCAUCCUCUGAAAGAGAAAAUCAUAUUGUUCGGAUUGGUGAUAGCAAGGAUGGGCUGCUGAAGAAGUGGUUUGGCAGUUAUCCUUGUUCAAUUGCCAUUAUACGACCUGAUCGUGUUGUUGGAGCUUUAGCUAUUCCACAAACGAUAGGGGAUGUUUCUGACCGGUUUUUCGAUGCAAUUGGCCUGGCAGUUGAAGAGUGA